CUGAUCAGGUGACAUAAACACAGGUCACAUGACCCUCGGUGGUUUUCCAACAUGGCGGCCGGGCAGCAGCAGCUGUCUGUAGCUUCUUUCUUCUUCUUCUUUUCUGGAGUUUUAACUUUUCCUCUCGGUCCAGAAAACAAACCCGGUCACGUGUGCGGCUACGAAUCAUGUCAUGUCACCAAACACAACAUGCUGAACGUUCACCUGGUUCCUCACACACAUGAUGAUGUCGGCUGGCUCAAGACUGUGGACCAGUAUUACUAUGGAGACCGAAACGAUAUCCAGCAUGCGGGGGUGCAGUACAUCCUGGACUCGGUGGUGGAUCAGCUGCUGAAGAACCCCGACAGGAGGUUCAUCUACGUGGAGACGGCGUUCUUCUUCCGCUGGUGGAAGCAGCAGAGCUCCGGAGUCCAGCAGACGGUCACACAGCUGGUGAACCAAGGUCGUCUGGAGUUCGUGAACGGGGGCUGGUGCAUGAGCGACGAGGCCACGACUCACUACAGCGCGGUGAUCGACCAGAUGACGUUGGGCCUGAGGUUCCUCAACGAGACGUUCGGGUCCUGUGGUCGACCCCGAGUCGCCUGGCACAUCGACCCGUUCGGCCACGCCCGCGAACACGCCUCCAUGUUUGCACAGAUGGGAUACGACGGCUUCUUCUUCGGUCGACUCGACUACCAGGACCGCGUCCGCAGGAUGCUGGCGAAGGAGCAGGAGCUUCUGUGGCGAGCGUCCGACAGCCUCACGCCGCCGGCCGCUGAUCUGUUCACCGGAAUCCUUCCCAACGGUUACAACCCUCCUGAGGGCUUCUGCUGGGACCAGUCCUGUGACGACCCCCCGAUCAGAGACGACCCGGACCUGGAGGACUAUAAUGUGGACGAGGUGGUGAGGCGCUUCCUCGACACGGCCAACGAUCAGGCCACCGUGUACAAGACGAACCACAUCAUCAUGACCAUGGGCUCGGACUUCCAGUACGAGAACGCCAACCUGUGGUACAAGAACCUGGACAAGCUGAUCCACCACGUCAACGCUCGGCAGGGCAACGGCAGCAAAGUCCACCUGCUCUACUCCACCCCCUCCUGUUACCUCCAGGAACUGCACCGAGCCAACCUCACCUGGGCUCUGAAGACGGACGACUUCUUCCCGUACGCAGACAGCGCUCAUGAUUUCUGGACCGGCUUCUUCACGAGCCGCCCGGCGCUGAAGCGCUACGAGCGGGUCAGCAACAGCAACCUGCAGACGUGCAACCAGCUGGAGGUGCUCGGGGGUCCGGCCUCCAGGAAGGGGCCUCAUGGGGAGGGGGAGAGUCAGACCAUGAAGGAAGCCAUGGCGGUGGCUCAGCACCACGAUGCCGUGUCGGGCACCGAGAAGCAGCACGUGGCCAACGACUACGCCCGCAGGCUGGCUACCGGCUGGCAGCGCUGUCAGGUUGUGGUCAGUAACACUCUGGCUGCUCUGAGUCGAUCGUCUGCUGAACGGAUCUAUUGUGACAACCUCAACAUCAGUGUGUGUCCUCUCACUGCGUCCAGCAAACAGUUCUCAGUCAGUGUGUACAACCCUCUCGCUCGCCCCGUCACGUGGCCCGUCCGGCUGCCUGUGAACGGGGAAUCGUACUCGGUGUCGGACGCUAAAGGCAAAGCUGUGGACUGUCAGGUGGUUCCGGUGUCCAGAGCCACUCGAGAGCUGAGGAAGAACCGGGGCCACGCCGUCAACGAGCUGGUGUUCCAGGUUCAAGCUCCUCCUCUGGGCUACACCACCUACUCCGUGUCCCUGCUUCAGAACGGGCCUCCACCCGCCCCCCCCAGGCCCCGCACUCCGGCAGCCAUCCAGAACAAGUUCCUACGAGUGACCUUUGACCCGGACACCGGCCUCCUGAGCAGCCUCAGCAACCUGGAGACCAACCAGAGCAUCAAGCUGACGCAGAACUUCUACUGGUACAACGCCAGUGACGGCAACAACUCGGAGAGCAACCAGAUGUCAGGAGCCUACAUCUUCAGACCCAACUCGUCCACACCUUUCAUCAUCAGCCGGACGGCCAAGACGGAGACGGUGCAGACGUCGGUGGUGCAGGAGGUGAGGCAGUGGUUUUCUCCCUGGGCGUCUCAGGUGGUUCGUCUCUACACCGACAGCCGAGCUCUGGAGCUGGAGUGGACGGUCGGGCCUGUGCCCAUAGACGACAGCCUGGGGAAGGAGGUGAUCACCCGUCUGGACACCAGCAUUAAAACCUCCGGGAUUUUCUACACGGACUCCAACGGCAGGGAGGUGCUGCAGAGGAGGAAAGACUUCCGCCCCACGUGGAGCCUGAAGCAGUCGGAGCCCAUCGCUGGAAACUACUACCCCAUCAACUCCCGUGCAUUCAUCAAGGACGAUGUCGAUCAGCUCACUGUGGUGACCGAUCGCUCUCAGGGAGGAGGAAGCAUCCAGAACGGCUCCCUGGAGAUCAUGCUCCACCGCCGGCUCUUGUAUGAUGAUGUCCGUGGCGUUGGCGAGCCUCUCAACGAGACCUCCGACAUCUUCCCACAAGGCCUGGUGGUCCGCGGCCGCCUGCUGCUCUCUCUGGAGCGCCCACCGGCCGCUGCAGACACACACCGCCCCCUGGCACAGGAAGUGGUACUGCAGCCGCUGCUCACCUUCACUGACGGAGCUCUGAGCCCGGACACCCGACUGGAGUUCUCAGGUCUUCAGGCUGCGCUGCCCCCUGCUGUUCACCUCCUGACACUGACACAGUGGGACGGCGACUCGGUGCUGCUGAGGCUGGAGCAUCAGUUCCAGAUCUGGGAGAGUGAAGUGAACUCUCGACCCGUCACCGUCAACCUGCAGAAGCUGUUUUCCACUCUGGAGGUGGUGGGCGUGUCUGAGCUGAACCUGUCAGCCAAUCAGUGGAAAGACGAGAUGAAGCGUUAUGACUGGACGCCACAAACAGAUAAGAAGCCUCCUCUGCUGAAGACGUUCGAGGACCCGUCCACGUGGGAAGUGACUUUGAGGCCGAUGGAGAUUCGAACCUUCCUGCUCAGAGUUCACCUCAGAUAGCCAAUCAUUCACUUUGGCUUUUUAAAGAGACAAAAACCGAAUAAGCGAUAAUAAGUCAAUCUAAUGAAUCUUGCUGUGGCCUCCUGCUUGGAUUUGAUUGGACCAAGCGAGGACUUGAUUUCUUUCUUACACCAGCUCGACACUUGAUCAGACACGGUGCUGAGGCCUGAUGUCACCGUGCCACACAGGGACCCAGUCUGAACGUUUCUCUCAUUUGAGACACAUGCACAGUAUUUGCUGAAGCUGCCUUCUGAUACCUUCUCCUCACAAACUGGUGCCAACACUCACACCGACUGCCUGUGCAAUAUGUGCAACUUUUCUAUUUCUGUCAAUGUGUGUGUGUACAUACUUUCUAUAAUUUUAAACUGAUCACAUUGAAUAAAUCUUUCUUCCUCUA